AUGUUCCUCACCACUGGUCGACGGAGUUGUGACCGCCCUCCUCACCUGACGGCAACCCCCUUGACUAUUUCUUUUGGGGCUAAUUACUGCCUAAUAUCUAUCUAUCUAUCUAUCUAUCUAUCUAUCUAUCUAUCUAUCUAUCUAUGUACAUUCAGAUGUUCAUUAUCACCAGUAAAUAAAACCGAAGCAAUUAAAGAGAGGAUGAAACAAAUCCAUUUAUCUACGUCAUUUCACAUCUAUCUAUCUAUCUAUCUAUCUAUCUAUCUAUCUAUCUGUAAUGAAUCUAUUAACAAUAGAAUAAGUGUGUUCCACUAUAACACUAUCUAUCUAUCUAUCUAUCUAUCUAUCUAUCUAUCUAUCUAUCUACGUCUGUUAAUAUCUGUCUGUCUAUCUACGCACUCACUUGCCUAUCUAUCUAUCUAUCUAUCUAUCUAUCUAUCUAUCUAUCUAUCUAUAUAUAUGUGCCGCCUGAGCACAUAUUUUCCAUUUCUAUCUAUCUAUCUAUCUAUCUAUCUAUCUAUCUAUCUCUAUUUAUUACCAUUGUUCUUAUCCAUGCCUUUUCAUAUCUAUGACUUGUCAUACUAUUUCUUUUCAUAUUCAGCUGUCUAUAUGUAUGUCCAAACUUUCGUAUCUAUCUAUCUAUCUAUCUAUCUAUCUAUCUAUCUAUCUAUCUAUCUGUUGUGGCCUUCUUAG